AUGUCGCCGGAGGAAACCGUCUCCAAGUCACCACUCGAAAAACCUCUUCACCUACUCACCGAAGAAGACAUUUCUCAGCUCACUCGCGAAGAUUGUCGCCGUUACCUCAAAGAAAAAGGCAUGAGAAGACCGUCAUGGAACAAAUCGCAGGCGAUCCAGCAAGUCAUCUCUCUCAAGGCUCUCCUUGAAACGACGCCGGAUUCCGAUGCCGCUGUUCGCAAGAAGCUCUACAUUCCCCGUACAGAUGAUCAUCUACCCCGUGUCCCCCAAGGAACAAUUGCCGAUGCAGAAAUCUCUGUUUCGGCCGACGAAUUGGUUCCGAAUCAGCAAAAAGAUCCUGAGAAACACGAUGUUUCAGGUGAUUUAUCGGGUGAUCUCGACGCCGCUGACGAUGACUCAGCUCCUCCUAGAACCACAGGUGCAGCAACUGGGCAAGUAGGACAAAUGACAAUCUUCUAUUGUGGCAAGGUGAAUGUGUAUGAUGAUGUGCCAGAUCAUAAGGCACAAGCAAUAAUGCAGUUUGCUGCAAGCCCGGUCCAUUUGCCUCAGGAAGCUGCAUUCAAUGGAACCACAACAGUGCAUUCUUUACCAUGCCAUUCACAAGCCGCAAGUGUCAAAGUGGGGCCAGGUUCUGUGUUGUUCUUGCCAAACUGGCAAACAGGGAAAAUGGCCGAAAAUUCACGACUGCAAAAAGAGGAAAGCAGCAUAUUUCGAGAAGACAACCCUGCUGAAGGCCCAGCAAGUAGAAAGGCAUCAGUGCAAAGAUAUCUCGAAAAGCGCAAGGACAGGUUUAAAAGCAAGAGAAAGGUAGGAACGCCUGCACCUGGUAGCUUGGACAUCUAUUUAAACCAUCAGUCCCCUAAUGAGCACUCCAGUCGGAGUGACACAUGCUCCCCACCCCAAAUUGGACCACCCAACAUGCCUACCCGGUGCGGCUCAAUGGAGAAUGAUAGGGCGAAGAAUUUGAAUCUUUCAGCUGGUCUCAAUGACAAAGAUAUACAGGACUGA